GCAGCCAUUUCAUCUCCACAGAAACCAGACACAAAAACAUGGCAGAAAUGGAGAAAGAAGGGAGACCUCCGGAAAAUAAAAGGAGCCGGAAACCGGCUCACCCCGUCAAGAGGGAGAUCAACGAGGAGAUGAAGAACUUUGCAGAGAACACCAUGAAUGAACUUCUUGGCUGGUAUGGCUAUGAUAAAGUUGAAUUAAAAGAUGGUGAGGACAUUGAGUUCAGGAGUUACCCUACUGAUGGGGAGAGCCGGCAGCACAUUUCUGUUCUCAAAGAAAAUUCUUUGCCAAAACCAAAAUUACCGGAGGACAGUGUUAUUUCAUCAUACAAUAUAAGUGCAGGCUAUUCAGGCCUUGCCACUGGGAAUGGACUCAGUGACUCCCCUGCAGGGUCAAAGGACCAUGGCAAUGUGCCCAUCAUUGUACCUUUAAUUCCACCCCCUUUCAUAAAGCCGCCAGCAGAAGAUGAUGUGUCAAAUGUACAAAUAAUGUGUGCCUGGUGCCAGAAAGUGGGAAUCAAGCGCUAUUCCCUGAGUAUGGGAAGUGAGGUGAAAAGCUUCUGCAGCGAGAAGUGCUUUGCGGCCUGCCGGAGAGCCUACUUCAAAAGAAACAAGGCUAGAGAUGAAGAUGGACGUGCUGAAACUUACCCCCAGCAGCACUAUGCUAAGGAAACUCCAAGGCUUGCCUUCAAGAAUAACUGCGAACUACUUGUGUGUGACUGGUGUAAACACAUAAGGCAUACAAAAGAAUACCUGGAUUUUGGGGACGGGGAAAGAAGGCUUCAGUUCUGCAGUGCAAAAUGUCUCAAUCAAUACAAAAUGGACAUUUUCUACAAAGAGACACAGGCCAGUCUUCCAGCUGGGCUGUGCAGCACAUUACACCCUCACAUGGAAAGUAAAGCAGAAAGCACCGGGGUGCAGCUGCUCACUCCAGACUCUUGGAAUAUCCCGCUAACAGAUGCUCGGAGGAAGGCCCCCUCCCCGGUGACUGCAGCUGGCCAAAGCCAAGGCCCUGGCCCAUCCUCGUCCACCACCGGCUCUCCAUCUGACACUGCCAACUGCUCUGUCACUAAAAUCCCCACGCCAGUGCCCAAGUCCCUCCCCAUCAGCGAGACUCCAAGCAUCCCUCCUGUCUCAGUCCAGCCACCUGCUAGCAUCGGACCUCCGCUAGGCGUCCCGCCUCGCAGCCCUCCCAUGGUGAUGACCAACCGCGGCCCAGUGCCGCUGCCCAUCUUCAUGGAGCAGCAGAUCAUACAGCAGAUCCGCCCGCCCUUCAUCCGAGGACCUCCGCACCAUGCCUCCAACCCCAACAGCCCCCUGUCCAACCCCAUGCUCCCGGGCAUUGGGCCUCCGCCCGGUGGCCCCAGAAACCUGGGCCCCACUUCCAGCCCCAUGCACCGGCCCAUGCUAUCGCCUCACAUCCACCCCCCAAGCACCCCUACCAUGCCUGGGAACCCCCCGGGACUGCUGCCCCCGCCUCCCCCGGGCGCGCCCUUGCCCAGCCUUCCUUUCCCUCCGGUAAGCAUGAUGCCAAACGGCCCGAUGCCGGUGCCCCAGAUGAUGAACUUCGGGCUGCCGUCGCUUGCCCCGCUGGUGCCGCCCCCCACGCUGCUCGUGCCGUACCCAGUGAUCGUGCCCCUGCCGGUGCCCAUCCCUAUCCCUAUCCCCAUUCCCCACAUCAACGAUUCCAAGCCCCCCAACGGAUUCUCCAGCAACGGAGAGAGCUUCGUUCCCAGUGCCCCGGGUGACUCGGCAGCGGCGGGAGGCAAGUCGGGCGGACGCUCCCUGUCUCCGCGGGACUCCAAGCAGGGCUCGUCCAAGUCAGCUGACUCGCCACCUGGAAGUUCCGGCCAGGCUCUGAGCCUGGCGCCCGCCGAGCGCGGCCGAGGGGAAGUGGUGGACCUGACCCGACGCCCCGGCAGCCCCGCGGGCGCGGGAGGCCAGCCUGGCUUCGCCGGCGUGCUUCAUGGCCCGCAGGACGGCGUCAUCGACCUGACAGUGGGACACCGUGCCAGGCUGCACAACGUGAUCCACCGCGCGCUGCACGCGCACGUCAAGGCGGAACGCGAACCUGUCGCCGCAGAGCGGAGGACCUGCGGCGGCUGCAGGGACGGCCACUGCAGCCCGCCUGCCGCCGGUGACCCCGGCCCGGGCGCCCCCGCGGGUCCCGAGGCUGCCGCCGCCUGCAACGUCAUCGUGAACGGCACCCGCGGCGCCCCUGUCGAGGCCAAGGGCACAGAACCACCGCCCGAGCAGCCCCCGCCCCCCUUGCCACCCAAAAAGCUGCUGUCAUCCGAAGAGCCCACGGUGAACGAGCUGGAGUCUGUCAAGGAGAACAACUGCGCUUCCAACUGCCACCUGGACGGGGAGGCGACCAAAAAGCUGAAGGGGGAGGAGGCCCUGGCGGGGGGCGACAAGUCGGACCCGAACCUCAAUAACCCCGCGGACGAGGACCAUGCCUAUGCUCUGCGGAUGCUGCCCAAGACCGGCUGCGUGAUCCAGCCUGUGCCAAAACCCACGGAGAAGGCUGCCAUGGCGCCGUGCGUCAUCUCCUCGCCCAUGCUCAGCGCCGGCCCCGAGGACCUGGAGCCGCCUCUCAAAAGGAGGUGCCUCCGAAUUAGAAACCAGAAUAAGUAAAAAGGAACACUCGCUCCCAGGGUACCUUGCAUGGAGAGAGGGCGUGGAACAAAUCAUUUCAUACCAUCCAAUGACACCAGCUGGUCAGCUCACCACCCCCACUCUGGCUAAGAUUCAAGUAAAUAACACAGCUUCCUGACAU